AUGGCACCAACCGGUGCUUUACAUACGUUGGUGGUCAGGAAUGCGAAAGCGUUCAAGGCUGCCUGGCAUCAUGCUGCGAAGCUCAUACAGAACCAGCUGCCUGCAGGCUCACGGCCCACACAAGCACAGCUUCAACCAAUCCUCGCCCGAAAUACUUCCACACACCCUAUCCACCGCAUCGCGUACCUGAAGCAGAGCAAAGGUCGUUGGUACACUACCCACAGCAACAUCUCGGCUGCCGUACGACGGUUCACCACCUCCGCGUCUCGCUCCUCAGGCGUCAAAUUUGACAAGUCGUCGUUCCCUAAGUCGCGCAUCGGUAGCAUCGUCAACGCCCAAGCUGGCCGCGCACCAUUCGUCUCGACCCUACGACCGAACCUCACCGGAGGCACACUAGGCCGCACAGCUGGAGGCUAUGGCUGGGGUUCUGGUCGAGCUGGAGGUGCCAGGUACUUCUCCCAUGGCCCAGCGGCACCCGCGCAGGUCAUCAACAAUGUUUCUCAGGCUGUCCGAGCUUUCUUGAUCUCCGGUCAGAAGGCGCAAUUCGACGGCAUCGACCCACACCGUGGUGAGAAGCGCUUCAAGGCUGUCACUGCCCUGCAGGACCAGGUCAACCGUACCCUCAACAAGGUGCCCAAGGCUACACCCGGCUCCUACGUUAGUUUCAACAUCAACCCUACUAUCACCGCCCUUACUCCUCUGAAGGCCGUCAAGGGGUUUGCUGCAUCGCAAGAAAAGGAUUCGCUGAAGAGCGAGGGUCUUCUUGACGUCCUUUCGGUUGACUUCACUCGUGCAGUCAAGGAACUUGCUGCGGUCUUGAAAGAUCUGCAACGUCUGUCUGAGCUCGGUGAUCUACCCAUCACCUACGAAGACUCUACACUCAAGAUACACUUCCCUGGCUGUGAUCGCGACACCGUCGAGACCAUUUGCAGUGACUUCGAAGUGCAGCGGGGCGUAGUCCAUCAAGACGAGGAUUUCGAUGCCUUUGUUGGUACCGAGAUCGCUCUCCUCUUCCCCUUCGCCUCGAGCAGGACACCAUCCGAGUGCUCAUUCUUUGAUAAACCAGUCACCGGUCGCCAAUACGUUCAGCCAAUCGACUGGGAGCAGAUGCUCUCGCCGUCUGUCCUCAGCUCCGACGCAUGCUCGACGCACUCCGAAGACGGCUUUGACAAGUGUCUCGACAUUGAAGAAGACAUCACUAACCCAUGGCUGUCAUCUUCAUCACCUUCAGGAUACGGGUCUUUGCAUACGAGUGAGGCCGACGAGGUCAAUCAUAACGCGCCGCUCGAGUAUCAAGGUAUCGAGGGUAUGUACAGAUUCAUGUCACACUGCGAGACGACUGUGCGAUAG